CGUUAGGUGGUCCACUUCUCAUCUAAUUCAAUUAAUUUAAAUCCUGUCAAUCGUUUAAUUUAACCAUUUUUCAUUUCAAUGCAAAAUAUAUUUUAAAUUUGCCUGCCGCUUACAAAUCCAUUUUGUUGCAAUAACAUAUGAAAGGAUGUAGCAACCCCAGUUUCCUCACCAACUUGCAUUCAUUUAUCAUCAAAACUGGUUAUCUUCACAGUUUCUAUGCUGCGAGCAAGUUCACCGCAUUUGAUAUGUUUGAUGAAUUGCCUCAGCCAACCUCAAUUACAUGGACCUCUAUUUUAAGAUGCUGUAACCGUGACAGACGCUUUAGACACACUUUAUGUCUUUUCUCAAUCAUGGGCUUUUAUCAAAAACCUCAUCCUCUUGCAAUUCUGUUGGCGUUGAAGGCUUGUGUUGGGUUGAAUUCACUUAAGUUUGGCAAAAUGAUUCAUGGGUUUGUCAAAAAAGAUGAUAUUAUUGAUUCAAACUUGUUUGUUGGUUCGGGUUUGAUUGAUUUGUAUUCGAAAUUUGGAGUAAUGACUGAUGCUGUUAGAGUGUUUGAGGGAUACCCGCAACCUGAUGUUGUAUUGUGGACGAUGAUUGUUACGGGGUAUGAGCAUAAUGGUUGUCCACAGGAAGCUUUGGCAUUUUUUGCCAGAAUGGUGAAUGUGGCGGGUGUUAGUCCAGACCAAGUCACGCUUAUUAGCGUUCUUUCAGCCUGUGCUAAAUUAUUGUAUUUGAAGGACGGAAGUAGUGUUCAUGGAAUGUUGAUUAAAAUGGGAUUGGGUAAUAGGUUAUCGUUGGUUAAUGCAUUGUUAAAUUUAUAUGCAAAGACUGGAUCUUUGGAUGAUGCGGCUAGUUUAUUUAGAAUAAUGGAAGAAAAGGAUGUGAUUUCAUGGGGGGCUAUGAUUUCUUGUUAUGCUCAUAAUGGUGCUGCUAAAGAAGCAGUGGAUCUUUUUAAUAGGAUGAUUUUUGAAAAGGUUGAACCAAAUGAAGUCACUGUUAUAAGUGCUUUACAGGCAUGCGAAGCCAGUUGUAAUUUGGAAGAGGGUAAGAAGAUCCAUCAGCUUGCUAUUCAGAAAGGGUUGGAAUUGGAUAUCUUAGUAUCUACUGCAUUGAUUGAUAUGUACAUGAAUUGUUCUUCCCCUGAUGAAGCAGUUGAACUUUUCUAUAGAAUGCCGGAAAAAGAUGAGGUUGUAUGGUCUGCAUUGUUAAGUGGUUGUGUUCAAAAUGGAAAGGCACACAAGUCGGUGGCUACCUUCCGCAAUAUGCUAUCAGGUGGAGUUCAACCAGAUGGUAAUGUUAUCGUGAAGAUUCUUACAGCUUAUUCCGAGUUGGGAAUAAUUCAGCAAACUUUAUGCCUGCAUGGCUAUGUCAUUAGAGCUGGCUAUGAAAAUAAUUCUUUUGUUGAGGCUUCACUCAUUGAAUCCUACUCUAAGUGCGGUUCCCUGGACAAUGCAAUCAAGAUUUUUGAUAAAACAACCAGGAAAGAUGUUGUUAUAUGGAGUUCGAUGAUUGCAGGUUACGGAGUUCAUGGGCAAGGGAGGGAAGCACUAGAUUUGUUUUAUUUGAUGGUCAAUAACUCGUUAGUGAAACCUAAUAAUGUCACUUUCCUUUCAGUUCUAUCUGCCUGUAGUCAUGCAGGCUUAGUUGAAGAAGGGAUUUGCUUAUUUAAUGCAAUGGUUAAUGAACAUCAACUUACACCUGAUUCAAAUCAUUAUGCAAUAGUUGUUGAUCUUUUAGGCCGUACUGGAGAGUUGGAAAAGGCAAUGGAAAUUAUUAACCUAAUGCCAAAAGUUGAACCACAUGUUUGGGGAGCUUUCCUUGGUGCUUGUACUAUUCAUCAGAAGACGGUAUUGGGAGAGGUUGCUACAAGGAAUCUCUUACAAUUAGACUUUGAACAUGCAGGGUAUUACAUUCUUAUGUCAAAUAUAUAUGCUGCUGAUGGAAAAUGGGAUAAUGUGGCAGAAAUUAGAAAUUUGGUUAAACAAAAGAAAAUGAAGAAGGUAUCAGCUGUAAGUAUAAUUGAGGCUAACAGUGAGGUCCACAGUUUUGUCGCUGGAGAUAGAUCUCAUCCCAUGACCACGAAUAUAUACAUGUUGCUGAAAAAGUUGGAGUUAAAUAUGGGAGCAGAGGGCUAUGUGCCUGAUGCAGGAGUUUCAGUGCACCAUACAGAGGAUUUUGCAUCAUCUUGAAAGAUAGGCACCCUUAACUAUGAAUAAUUUUUCUAUCUCGAGGUCCAGGGAAUUGUCGUGUUGAUAUGAAGAACCUUUAGCUUAUUUUUGAGGUGUACAACUAAUGGCAAUAGACUUGCUCAGAUAUCCUCAGUCAUGGUAUAUACUAGAUCACAUGACAGCCUUUGUUUGAAGGGAGGAUUCCAGAAGGUAAAAAACUCUUUCUAAAAGAAUUUAUUUGAUGGUUCUAAGUUAUUAAAAGAUUGCUUGUGAAUUCUAUUUUUAGCAUGCUUCAGCUAAGGGUUUUGUAGAUUGGAAAUGCUCUUAACU